GCCUGCGCCCUGCCCGCCCCGGCCCCCCUCGCCUACACCCAGGCGCUGGCGCAGGCCGUGGACUCCUUCAACCAGCGCCCCGACGUGCAGAACUCCUUCAGGCUGCUCAGCGCCGACCCCGAGCCCAGCCCGGAUGUCCAGCUCAGCUCCCUGCGGACCCUCAACUUCACCAUCAUGGAGACGCGCUGCCCCGCGCACACCGGCGCCCGCCCCGACACCUGCGACUUCAAGGAGGACGGGCUGAUCAAGGACUGCUCCGGGCCCGUGCUGACGCAGAGCGGCCGCCCCGUGCUCGAUGUCACCUGCGUGGACUCCACGAUGGACCCCGUCCGCGUCAAGCGCUUCUGGCCGCUGGUGCCGGUGGCGAUCAACACGGUGGCCGCUGGCAUCAACCUCUACAAGGCCAUCAGGAGGAAAUGAGCCCCCCCCCCUGGAGCCCCCCCGCUGUCACCGCUGCCAC